UGAACUAAUGCCAUGUUCCCCUUCCUUCAGGGACGCGGUGGCCUCGGGCUUGGAUUCGGUAACUAGCCGUUUACUGGGCAAGGAGAAAGAUGAUAGUUAUUGGAAUCUCCCUGAGGAGUUGAAGUGCCCGAUAUCGCUGGAUCUGAUGAGAGAUCCAGUGAUUGUAGAAUCAGGACACACAUACGAUCGCACCUCAAUCUCUGAAUGGCUUGACUCGGGCCACUGCACCUGUCCUCUUAGCGGCCAGAAGCUUCCACGCCAACCACCUCUCAUUCCCAACUACGCAAUCCGGAGCCUCGUUAGCCAAUGGUGCGACCGCCACAACGUGCCCUUUCAUCUCAACAACGCCGCCGCCGUUGGAGACGAUACCAUGAAUAUGACUGCCGCUUUCUUGGUCGGAAAGCUCGCGACGGGUUCUCCCCAAGUACAGAGGCAGGCGGCCUACGAGCUCCGCCUCCUGGCCAAGCGCCGAACGGAAAUCCGCCAGUGCAUAGCUGAGGCCGGGGCAAUCCCUUUUCUGGUUCCUCUCUUAUCUUCUACUUCCGAUUCCAGGGCUCAGGAAAACGCUGUCACUGCACUUCUUAAUCUUUCCAUCAACGACAACAAUAAGGCUCUCAUAAUGGCUGCCUCGGGUGCCGUGGAUGCCAUUGUCGGAGUUGUGCAACAGGGAGGCACUAUGGCUGCUCGAGAGAACGCCGCUGCCUUGAUUUUUAGUCUCUCUGUGGUGGCCGAUUACAAGGUCAUCAUUGGCUCCAAGCCUGCGGCCAUUCCUGCGCUGGUGACCCUCCUUCGAGAAGGCAAUUGUAGAGGUAAGAAGGACGCUGCUACUGCUCUUUAUAACCUUUCAGUGUACAAGAGCAACAAGGACGCUGUUUUGAAGGCCGGUGUAGUUGGUAUGCUAUUGAAUAUGGUUCUGGAUAGAAGAGACGAGAAGGAAAGCGCGACCGUAAUUGACGAUACUCUCGCGCUACUAUCCCUUCUGGCGGGCUGUGCUGAAGGGUUGGAGGAGAUUUUGGGCAGUGAGAAGCCAGUUAUUCCUGCUUUGAUUGAUUUGGUCAGUGCGGGAUCCGACAGAGGAAAAGAGAACGCCAUUGCAGUGUUGACAGCCAUGUGUCACAGCGGUGGGGAGGCUAUGGUAACAAGGUUAGCAGAGAGCAUUAUUCCACUCCUGCAAAUGGUGGCUUCCACUGGUUCAUGUCGAUCGAAAAGAAAAGCCGCUUCUCUUCUCAAACUCCUCAGGGCUCGCCCCACACAGUCCCCCAUUGUCAAUCGGUAAUUUUCUAUACAUUAAUUUCAUGUUACUGAGCGACCAUAGGAGGAAAUCUACCGAAUGGGUGGAACUAGAGUGUCGUUUACGAUUAAUUGUUGUCUGACUCGGCUACAGUUGUCUGUAUUUAAUAAUAGUAUAAAUACAGUGACUAGGGACAUGGAGCAUUAAACCUAUAGGCAGGUCGUUGCCUGUUGCAGAGACAGUUUCCAAGGUUCGGUACCCAAAAUAUUAAAAAUAGUUUAACAUUUCAAGAAGGUGUGGACAAGUAGUUGGAAAUUUAUUUCAACGCAAUGAAUGUAUAAUAUAUUAGAUUAUGUGUGUAUGAUGAGUUUUCCAUACGCAGGGUCUUGGCCACACUGCCAAUGCUUCCUUCCCUUAAAAGAAACAAAUGAGUAUAUUAUGA